AUGGACGUUCCAUGGACGUCGGUUUUUCAAUGGAUAUUAUAUCCUCCGCCACCGAGUGCUUGGGUCAAUGCAUUAUCGGUUAUAAGCUUUCUGUCGAUGGGAAAUGGCGGGUGGAUGGAGAUUAAGGGAAAGCACAUGCAAUAUUCUAAGUUCACCACCAAUCAUAAUAAUAGUAAUAAAUAUGUUGAGAAACAAAAGGAGAUGAUGAAGGCUAAGGUCCCUAGUAAGGUGGGGAUGGUUGUGGUGUAUGGACCUGCACUUGUCGCCGGAAUUUCCACUUUUGCCCUUUUCCCAUUUCAAGAUUUCCGGUUCACUGCGCUCCGUUCUGCUGUCACCCUCCAUUUCUUUAAGAGGAUUCUUGAGGUUCUUUUGGUUCACAAAUACAGUGGGUGGAUGGACGUGGACGCCAUGAUUCCCAUCUCUCUAAGCUACUUCACAUAUGCAAUCACAAUCAUAUACAGUCAACAUUUGAUUCAAAUGGGAGCCUCCCAACCGGCUGUUGACCUCAAAUACAUUGGGAUCUCAAUUUAUUUUCUGGGCAUCACUGCUAAUUUUUACCACCAUUACCUUCUAUCCACACUUAGAACUACGGGUAAGGAAAAGCGUUACGAGAUGCCGCGUGGAGGCCUCUUUUCUUUUGUAGUGUGCCCUCACUAUUUGUUCGAAAUCGUUGGGUUUAUUGGGAUUUGUUGCAUCUCGCAAUCGGUCUUUGCGGUUUCUCAUGCCAUGGGAACGGUUUUGUACUUGAUGGGAAGGAGUUAUGCCACCAGAAAAUGGUACGAGUAUACGUUUGAAAAUUUCCCAAAGGAUGUCAAGGCUUUGUUUCCCUAUGUUUUUUAG